GCCGAGCGAACGCGCAGAAGACCCUCGUCCUUUCCAAGAGUGACCUACUUCUCGCCUCUCACUUUCGUAGGCUGAUUGCAGGCCGCGGGAUUACAGGGCCGCAGCAUCUCUUCGUCCCCACGUGUGUAUCGAGCGAGGAGAGGGGGUGGAAUCGGGCGGAAGGAAGGCCAUAAAGUAGGAUUUGAGGAGGAGGUUUUCGUGCCUUGAGGCCUUGGGUCUGGGAAUGCCAAGGUUGAGGACGAGGUUGCAAGUUGAAUCAGAGUUGCAUGCGCUCGUUGCAGGAUCCCGAGGACAUAUGCGAGUGGUGAAGGGACGAGGAAGACGGUGAAAGAAAGAGGGCGGAGAGGAAAGGCAGGAAAUAGAGAGGCAACAGCUAAGAGGAGCAAGAAAAGCCAGGGAGCGUAACCUGAAGCCACACAUGACAAAUUGCAGCUUUUGCAGCCAGUGAUCAUCUAAAAGGAGCAUGACUAAUCAUUGUGCAGCAGAGUUAAUGAAGCUAUGCCAGGAUUGCGGUCGUUGGUAGCUCGGAGGAGGUCAGCUUUGGCAUCCCCCCCAUACUCCUCGGUUCCUACGCCUCCCCACAGCCAGCAGAACAGCCCAUACGCCGAAGAGAACUCGCUGGAAGCAGAGGGGGAAGCUCAUACAUCACCCAGUCAAACCGAAGUCAAUGGAGAUGUAUCUAGUGAGAAUAAGGAAACUGUACCUGGAAAAGAUGAAAAAAAUGACUAUUCAGAGGUAAUAACAACACCACAGGAAUCAGUGCCCAGUGUCAAAGUGUCGGAAGCCAGUGCAAAUGUUAAAGAUGGUGAAUAUAGUGGUAAAGUGAAUGGUAGUAGUUUAAGUGUAGAUCAGAGUGCAAGUAACAAUGAUAAGGAGAGUGAGAAAAGACAGACAGAAAAUGAGUUAAUGGGAAAGCAAGUUGAACUGAAUGGAGGUGGCUCAGUGAAGAGCAGAGACUCAAAUGACAAUGACCAGAAUAGAGGAACAGCUAGUUCACCUAUCGUGAAGAAACAGUUACAGGAAAGUAAGGUUGGCCGCAUAAAUAGAUCUGCAAUGGAGAUUGAAUCAACUCUAGCAAAGAGAGGAGUCACCAUUGUGAGGAGGCUUGUUGACUGCAAAGACUCCAGUAACAAACCCAAGACUGAGGGAGUGCAGGGUCGGGGGAAGGAUUCAGUUGUUGUAAAUGGAACUGUAAUCACAGCAAAUCCUCUAAAUGCUAAGAAAAAUACUGACUCAAAACUUGGAAGAAUAGCUUCGAGUUUGAAAGGCUCAUCAAUAUCUUUGAACACCAGAGGGUAUUUAGGACAACCGCUUCGAGGUGGAGCAACUGUCAGUCCAAAUUCUGGGGGACGACCUCCCAAUAACAUAAGAGAUCUGAAUCAGAGAAAUGCUCCUAAUGCAAAAGGAAUUACCUUGCAGCAUCCAGGCCAGAAAGGUCUUCCCAGACAUCAAAAUCCAAGCGGUUUACCAACUCAGUCAAAUGUAAAAGGUGCUUUAACUCAGCCAAGUGUAAGGCCUAAUCUAAGACCUUCUUUCCCAAGGGAUCCAUUAAUAAAUAAAAGCAUACAAGAUUCAAGGAGGGCAAGGGGAUUUGGUAUAGUCUCAAGUGUCAGUAAUCCAGUGGGAGAACUAAAAAAUCCGAGGUCUGUCUACUCUCCCAGUGUUCAUGGGUCUGCACCAAAGGAUGCACUUGUCAAAGGGUCUGGGGCUUUUCCAAGCCCCAAGAGACCUCUUGACUACACCGACCCAAGGAAAGCAGCACCUUAUAGUAGUCCGAGGAGGGUGUUCUCCCAAGGAAAUUCUCCACAGUCAUGGCCUGGUGCAGCUGGGUCAAGGUCAUUUGCAGCUACACAGCAUCAGAGAUCUAUAACACCCUCGCCGCAAUCAAGAUCAAGUGCCAUGUCACCACAGUUGAGUUCUACUACUUCCCCACAAUCUUCAGCUGUCUCACCACGCUCAACUUCCUCAGUCCCUUCUCCCCAGUCUAAGGUGGGGAAUUAUCAGGCAAGAUCUGGGGAAAUCUCGCCUUACUCCAAAGCACAAGAAGUCUCCCCAGCUUCUAGAUCAGCUGAGGUGUCCCCUCAGUCUAGAGCACCAGAAUUAUCUCCUUCCUCAAGAUCUGCUGAAGUGUCUCCACUCUCAAGAACUUCAGAUUUGUCACCACUCUCAAGAUCAGUUGAAGCUUCUCCUCAGCAUAGAGCAUCAGGAAUUGCUCAACAGUCAAAAUAUCCUCUGGGUUUCUCUCCCCAAACAAGGUCAUCAGAAUUAUCCCCAGCAUCUAGAUCAGGAACCUUGGCUUCACAGACUUCACCCCCAGUUAUAUCUCAGUCCCAGUUAACAGGAUUAGCAUCACAAUCAGUACCUGCUGGCUUGCCAUCCAGUCUUGCAGCAGCUCCAUCUAAUGGUGCAGGACCACUCCAGGCUAACUCUGUAGGGCUACCACCACAGCCUAGUUUGGGUCUUCUCUCUCAGCAAUCCAAUUCACAUAGUCUUUCCCAAGAAUCGCUACCAUUUGGACAAUCUCAGCAUAGCAACUCCUCCAGAAUUUCAGGAUCUGCAAGUUCCAUGGGAUUUCCAGGAUUGCCAACUUCUAGUUUUAUAGGCCGCUCAAGCACAGAAAGUUAUAUACCUGGCAGCAACUCAAGUAAGUUCCCUUUGCAACCAAACUUGGAAGGAUUUUCUUCACAAAUAACUCCAGGAGGUUUCCACUUACAUUCCAGUCCUGCAAACUUUGCAGCACAGUCAAAUCUUCCUGGAUUUCCUAAUGCUGCCAACUCUUGUGGCUUUCCACAGCCAGCAAGUAGUGGAGAAUUUUCAGCACAAAACAGUGGAGGCAUUCCUGAACAGUUGAAUCCAAAUGCUUUUGGUUCACACCCAACUUGCACUGGUUACUCUAAUCAGACCACACCUGGGUACCCACCUCAUUCAUCAUCAGGAGGAUACAGUUUAAAUUCUAAUACAAAUGAAUUUCAUGAAAGUUCACCUGAAGUCCUUGGGUAUCCAAGUCCAAGAAAUUUUCCAAUGCAUGCCAAUUCUCGGGAAUAUUCUGCAUAUUCAAACACAGAAAAUACAUCUGCUUCAGAAAUCUCUUCACACACAAGCCCAAGAGACCUACCAGUAUCACAUACUUCAAGAGAGAUAUCUUUACAGAACUGCAGCCAAGGAAUGUCUUUGAACCCAGUAACAGGGAAUUCCAUGGGCUCUGUAGGACGGGAAUCCCAGGUGCACCCUAAUUAUAACGAAUCACUUGUGCAUCCAAGCUAUCAUGACCCAAGCACAUUUCCAAGAUCCAACCCAGGAGACCUGUCAGUUCUUCCAGAUUUCAGAGACCAUCUACGGCAUGGUUAUAGAGAAACCAAUCUGAUACCUCCCUACAGGCCAGAGACUAUUGCAAAUAGUUUCAGGGAUACUCCCCUACCAAAUACCUCAAGAAAUCCACAGACUGUUUCAAAUUACAGAGAGCUGCCUUUGAUACCAAAUAUCAGUGACAUUCAGUCCCAAACAAGUCCUAGAGGACCAGCUCUACAUAAUAAUUAUAAGGAACAAAAUAUCCCAAAUAAUUACAGGGAGCAUAACAUGAUUGGAAAUUAUGUUGCGUCUCCUGCUCUUACAAAUUUUAGAGAACCAAUGGACCAAACAGGCCAAAGAGAACCACCUUUGCCAGGUUUCAGGGAGACUAUAGCUCACACAAGUCCCAGAGAACAAGUACUCCCAAGUUUUAGAGAAGCCUUAGACCCAGCAAAUUGUAGAGAGCAAAUGCUCCCAGGCUUUAGAGAGACAUUAAGCCAUACAAGUCCAAAAGAACAAGCUAUCCCAACCUAUAAUGAAAAUGUGGAUCAUAACAGUCCAAGAGGUGAAGUCCUUCCAGGCUUCAGUGAAACCUUGAAUCCUGCAAAUCUGAGACCUCAGGUACUACCUAGUUUCAGUGAUACAAUGAAUCAUACAAGUCCAAGAGCUCAAGGCCUUGCUAGCUAUAGAGAACCUGUAGACUAUACUAAUUUUAGAGAACCAUUGGACCCCAACAGUAUUACAGAACCACCUAUUCAGUCAAGGAUAAGGGACAUUGACUAUAAUUCUGAUUAUACAGAGACUGCCAGCCAAGGUCAUAUUGCAGAGCCAUCCCAGAAUACAUAUUCUGAUUAUAGGGCGGACACACAUGUUACAACAGACACCUCACCUGUUGAUUUAAAGUAUAAAGAAACAAGUGACAGGAAUACAUAUACAAAAUCUGUUGUUCUUCCAAGUUUUACUGAAUCAUUUGAAUGUGGAAGCUCUGGUGAAUAUCCAAAAGAUGGAGACAUGCUACACAACUUUGGGGAAUCCUCUGGUUAUGUCACCUCCCGAAGAAACUCAGAGUGUAGUAGAUAUGAACAAGCCCCUUUCUCAGCAUGUGCUCAGUCACCUUCAUAUUCGCCUGCACAUUCUAGUGAAUCACCUUCGCCAGAUGCAAGUUCACCUGCCAUGCAAGGUGCAGAUGGUCAGUGUCAUGAGGCUUCUUCUCAAGAUCUGCAUCAUUGUACUCCCAGCAAUGAAAAAUUGGCUACUCAUGAAUCCCAAGUCAGUGAAGAUUGUAAAGGCACUCCAAGGAACCAUGAUGAAGAAAUAACACAAGAUUUAGGUAAACAUGUCAGAGGGCGUUCAGGCUCACUUGAAAAAUCAGAAGCAGUUGAUGAGACAUCGUACCAUGGUUGCACAAACUCAGAGGGUGUUACUAAGGCAUCAGAUCCUGUCACAAGUGAAGCACAUUGUCAUAGCACAACUAGUAAAAAUCAAGAUACAGUUGCUAAAGGAGAACAAUCAGUUGCUUCAAGCCCUGCAGAAGCUUCAAAUAUUUCCAGCUUGCCAAGCUCACCAAGCAAAUAUGCGACAGUUGGAUCUCCUUCAAAAUUAAAUGCAGGAGCGUCUCCAAGUUCUCAGGAAAGGAUUGUAAUUAAGAUGAAAUUAUUACACAGUGAGGCAAGAAGUGAGAAUGACAAGCACAAAAGGGGAGAAUCUACUAAUGAUUGUAAUUCACGGCUUGAGCAUAGAAACUGCAUACGCUAUCCUAACGUUAAGUAUACUAGAUGGACCAUUGACAGUAUCAUAAAUGGAAGAGAGGAUGGAAAUACUGAUGAAGGAAUUGUUAAAGACAACAAAAAAGAACAGUCCAAUUCGGGAGACGAGGAGGGAAGUGAGUCAUUGAAAAAUAAUAAGCCAAAACAGUCAGAGAAUGGUGGUGAGACCUCAACAAAUCUUGAUACUAAUAAGAAUUUGAUGAAACCUCUGAGGAUUACAAUUCCCAAUCCCCAUAGAACUCGCAUUUAUAAUGAAGGCAGCUUUAGAUAUACAAGAAAGAUGGAUAAUCAUUGUGUUAACAAAGAAACUUCAGGCGACAUCAUAUCACCUGGUAGCAGCAGAAUAACCAGAAGUAGCAGUAGACAGGAGGCUUCAAUUACAGGAAGACAUGGGUAUCCUAUUAGAAAACUGAAGCUCAAGAAUAUGCACUUAGCUUCCCCUUUCCCAAAUGUUGAAAGCCACACCAGUCCAGUCAGUGCCUCACAAAAGUCAUACAAGAGGAGGAGGAGGUCCAGGCGGGACAGUGAAAUGAGUGAUGCUUCUGUGUCCUCAGUGGGUAGUGUUUUAAGUGAAGGUAAUGAUCACUCAGUGGUUGCUCAAAUGAAAAAGUGCAGUAUAGUUAUUAAACGAAUUUAUACAGCGGAUAAUAAUAGCUGUUAUAGCAGUAGUCUGUGUAGUAAAAGAUCCACAGAAAACUCAAAACGUGACAGACCUCGCGGCAGACCAAAAAGGAAAGCAGCUAUGGAGGCCAGUGAAAGGUGUCAUAAAUCUCUGAGAUCACUUGAUAAAUGUGAGAUAAAAUCAAAUAAAAUACCUUAUAAUGGUGCAUUUUAUAAAGGCAGACAGCUGAUGUCAGUAAACCUGACUGCAAAUAAUGCUGAUGUGAAGAAUAUUAUAACACAGUGUUCAGUAAUUCUCUAUGAUGUGUUUAUGAACAGACGCAUAAAUAGCAUGGUAUGCCCUGGAUGCUCUCGAAAUUAUGAUAGUUCUGAUAGUGUCCAGGUCAACAUCAGUAAAGCAACAAUAUCACUCUUGUGCUCUGUUUGUCAGUGGCUCGUGGUCAAGGAUGUUCACCCUCAUGAGGUACAUUCAAUAGCACCCAGCUGAGACAGGUUUAGUCACUAUUGUAUAUAAAUACAUCAAUUAUAAAAAUAUCAGUGAGAGCAUUUACAGCUGUUCAGAGUUUAUAUGAUCUCAUGUGCUGCAUUGUAAUGAAGCUGUUGUUGUCUGUUUUUUGUGUGUAAAUGUGCUUAAAAUGUUCAUGAUGUGCAGGACUUGAAAAAUUUAUGUGCAGUUACAAUAAUAUAUGAAUAUAUUAAUACAGUGAAGCCUAGUCAUUUACUAGCUAAAUAGUAAAGCUUGCUGAGUUACUAAGAAGAGAAAAGCCUUUAUUAAUAAAUUCAUGUAAUGAUGAAAUGAUACAACUAAUUACGUGUAAGGAAAUAUUUAAAAAUAUAAGCCAAUGGAGAUUUAAGCAUUAUCAAAACAGAGUAUGGUCUCGGUCCUUUCUUUCUGUUUGAUAAUUUUAUUGAUUUCCAUUAAUUUUUUUCUCAGGUUAAUAGGCUGUUAGUUGGGAAGGGAACAAGAGAUGAAAGGAAAAGUGGUGGUUUAAGAAAAAAAAAAAGGCUGUUUUUUUGUUGUUGUUGAGUGUACGGGAAAGAAGUAAAACUCCUAAAACUGAUGCAUGGAAACAAAUUAGACCCAGGUUAUAUAUUCAUGUACUUUUUUUUUUUUCUUUCUCCAGCAUCAAAUUUUUGGUUCAAAGAAAAUAGGACACUCUUUAUUUAUUUUUUUUUUUUUAUUAUUAUUAAUAGUAUUUUCUGGAAAAAAAAAAACAUACUUAACCAGAUUUGCAUAAUAGUACACUACAUUUGGAAUUUAAUUUCUUGAAAUGUGUAAUUUUCAUCUUACUAUCUUCAGGAGGCCCAUUGCUGGGUAUCAGUGGCGUCUUCUCUUGUGUUUAUUUAUUGUAUUGAUUGAAAUUAUAUUUUCUUAAUGCAGCACUGUAGGAUAUUAAAGAUAUAAAAUAUUUAUAUCAAAAUAUUGAAAUUUCUGUUUACCUUCAGUUUUAGCCCUUGGAGCUACCAACUUGUGUAGAUAGGUUGUUUUGUUAAUAUUUGUUUGAACAGGUGAUAAGUACAAGUAUCCUACAUAAUUGAUUUCAUUUUUGUGUCUGUCACUUUUGCGAAGGGAAAAUAAAUAUAAUUUCAAAUCAUGCAGUUCUUGUGUAGUAUGCAACUUUUUUUUUUAUAACUUCAUCUAUUGUUUUUAUUAUUUAUUUAUUGCUCUUCUGUUACGCAGAUGUACCUGUAUAUAUUUUUUGUGCAACUGAUUGAGGUAAUCUGUCACCUAUGGAGAGGAAGUUUUAUUAUAUUAACCAUCAGAUUCUCAAAAGCUGUAAACAACCUCUUUGCACUGGUCAUGAAACUUUAAGAGUAAUGGAUACCAACUAUGAUUUUCUGCCUGUUUGCUUCAGGUCUUGAGAGAUGCAUAGUAAACUUGUUCCAUUGA